CAGCGGCACAUUUUCGGAUUCACAGGAGUCCGGUUCAAACAAUGGAUUUCAGAUUAUCAACCAUUACCCUGUAUCCCAUCCCAUCAGACAGAAAUUUUACAACAACUGGAAGGGUAACUUUGCUGGCGCGUUCAAAGACUAGGAGAAGACCGCCCAAGAACCUCCGUUAUCCACGGCACCCCAAGAGUCCUCCCAACUUUGGUGUUAAUUUAUUCUUGAAGAAGAGAAGCACGAACUCUACAGACAUAUCACUUGCAUAUUUGAUAGAUGGUAAAAAACCACGUUUAGCUGGAAAAAAAGGAGAGGGAGAAGAACAAGAACAAGAACAAGAACAAGAAGACACUGAAGAAGAAGAGGGUCGACAAGAAACUGGUAUUUGUUGGGAUUCAGAUGAGAUUGAAGCAAUUUCAUCUCUUUUCCAAGGAAGAGUGCCUCAAAAGCCUGGAAAGUUGAAUAGAGAGAGACCCCUACCCCUACCUCUUCCCUAUAAGCUUCGACCUCUAGGACUUCCUACGCCAAAGAAACAUGUUAAAUCAGCUUCUCCGCUGGUUGCUUCUUCGCGUGCAUCCCUUUCAAAGCAAGUGUACAAGAACCCGGGUGUCCUUAUUGGUAUAGCCAGAGAGAUCAAGGUGAUUAGUUCAGAGGAAGACGUGUCUGUAGUUCUCAACAAGUGGGCUAGGUUUCUGAGGAAGGGAUCCUUGUCAUUGACAAUUCGGGAAUUGGGUCACAUGGGUCUUCCUGAGAGAGCUUUGCAGACAUUCUGCUGGGCGCAGAAACAGCCUCAACUCUUCCCAGAUGACCGGAUUUUGGCUUCGACAGUAGAAGUUCUGGCAAGGAACCAUCAGCUAAAAGUGCCAUUCAACUUGGGAAAGUUUACAAGUUUGGCAAGUCGUGGUGUGAUGGAGGCAAUGGUGAGAGGGUUCAUAAGAGGAGGAAGCUUGCAUCUUGCCUGGAAGCUUCUAUCGGUUGCCAGGGAUGGCAAAAGAAUGUUGGACCCAAGCAUUUAUGCAAAGUUGAUAUUGGAGCUUGGGAAGAACCCAGAUAAACACAUGCUCGUUGUGAGCUUACUAGAUGAGCUGGGAGAAAGAGAAGAUUUGAAUUUAAGCCAGCAGGACUGUACGGCUAUAAUGAAAAUUUGCAUUAGGCUCGGGAAAUUUGACGUUGUGGAUGGUCUGUUUAAUUGGUUCAAACAGUCUGGGUACGAACCAAGUGUGGUAAUGUACACUACUCUGAUUCACAGCCAUUAUUCUGAGAGAAAAUAUAGGGAGGCAUUGGCUUUGGUCUGGGAAAUGGAAGCUUCUAAUUGUCUUCUCGAUCUUCCAGCUUAUCGUGUGGUAAUAAAGCUUUUUGUUGCUCUGAAUGACAUCUCAAGGGCCGUAAGAUAUUUUUCGAAGCUUAAAGAAGCAGGUUUCUCUCCAACUUAUGACAUGUAUCGCGAGUUGAUUAAAAUCUACAUGGUUUCUGGGAGGCUUGCAAAGUGUAAGGAGGUCUGCAAGGAGGCAGAGAUAGCAGGAUUCAAGUUGGAUAAAGGCACAACGUCACGGUUGUUGCAGUUUGAAAGAGAAAAAAAGGUUUUACUAUGAGC